GGAGGCGGAUGCGGCCGCCCACGUGGGCGCACGGUGGCCUCGCCGCCCCCACCCGGAAGCUGCGAUGGUACGAGCCGGCCAGCGUGGUCACGUGGGAGCGGCUGCGAUGGCGGCGCGCGGUGGCUGCGGAGUGUGACGGGAGGAGAGUGCGACUGGGAGAGAGUCCUGCUGGAGGCUUGCAUGCGACCAGCUUUCUGCUGCUGCCAGCACCAUGGUGACGGAGAAGGAGGUGGAGGCCAUCGGCCAGACGCUGGUGGAUGCAACACAGCCGCUGCCAGCUCGCUUCCGGGCCCUCUUCACCCUGCGCAACGUGGGCGGCCGCGCGGCCGUGGACUGGAUCAGCCGAGCCUUCGAGGACAGCUCUGCCCUGCUGAAGCAUGAGCUGGCGUACUGCCUGGGCCAGAUGCAGGAUGAAGCAGCCAUCCCGGUGCUGGUCCAGGUGCUGAAGGACACCCGCCAGGAGCCCAUGGUCAGGCACGAGGCAGGUGAAGCCUUGGGUGCUAUUGGGAAUUCCGAUGUGCUGGAUGUCCUGAAAUGCUAUUCGGAAGAUCCUGUGGUUGAGGUGGCAGAGACCUGUCAGCUGGCCGUGAAGAGGCUGGAGUGGCUUCAGGAGAACAAGGAGGAGCCAGGCACCAGCCCCUACCUGUCGGUGGAUCCCGCUCCCCCUGCUGAGGAGACAGACAUUGCCAAACUCCGUGAAACUCUCCUGGACGAGUCACACACUCUGUUUGACCGCUACAGGGCCAUGUUUGCCCUGCGAAACUUGGGGGGCCAGGAGGCAGUGCUGGCAUUGGCUGAUGGCCUGCGGUGCGGCAGCGCCCUCCUCCGCCACGAGAUCGGCUACGUGCUGGGCCAGAUGCAGCACGAGGCCUGCGUCCCGCAGCUGACGGCCGCUCUGCAGAGCCGCGCUGAGAGCCCCAUGGUGCGCCACGAGUGUGCUGAGGCCCUGGGCUCCAUCGCCCAGGCGUCCUGCCUGGAGACCCUGCGGGCCUUUGCCCACGACGAGGAGAGGGUGGUGCGAGAGAGCUGCGAGGUGGCGUUGGACAUGUACGAGUACGAGAACAGCUCCCAGUUCCAGUACGCGGACGGACUCUGCAAGCUGCAGGCCUCCGCCUGAGCCCUCAGAAGGGGAGCGCUGGCUGGGUGAGCUACCUGCCUCCCCUGCCCUACGUGGCCACCUCCAUCGACACACAAGGCUGGAUCUGCGCCCUGCCCUGGUGUAGAUGAAGGAGGGACCGGCUUUUGCUCUCUGGCAACGUUACGGCCUGUUUCUUCCUUCAAAUCCAGACUGAGCUGCUACUUGGCCCCUGUUUCCUGGAUCUGCCCCCCUUUUCUUUUGCUGGUAGAAUCGGCGUUGCCUGCCUGCAGCACAUCUUGAGGCUGGGGCUGGGUGGGCUCUUCUCUGCAUGUCAGAGCCCAUCACAGCUGUGUGGGGCCUGGGGCUGCUCUGGGACUGCCCUGCCAUGGCAGCUUGGUUCAAAAAGGCUCUGCUUACCUUGUUUUAGCUUUUCUGGAGGGGCUGGGGUUGGCUUCGGGCCAUCAGUCUCAUGGGUUGUAGCUGUGCAAUGUCUAGAAAUUGCUCCUGCUGUUGGUGCGGAGAUGGAUUCCUCCUUGCCAUCAUGGCUGCAGGGAUGGUGGAGGAGCUGGUGUGGGUUUGGCCUCUCCUGUCAGGGCAGGCUUCUGUGGUUGCAGCAGCCUUUGCCCUAGGUUGGAGGUUGUUUCAUGGCAAAGUCUGAAAGAUUUGGCCACGAUUUUUCUUUCUGCAGGGAACCGCUCUGUGAUUAGGGCUUACAGGGUGAGGCAGAGCCUGCCCAGACUUUCCUUGUGUUUAACCAGACCUGGCAGGGCUGAGGCUGGUGUCUCCUGCCAUCACCCAGCACCCAAAUGCCCUGGGCUGCCCCAGUGUGGAUGUGUGGUCUGGGAGGAAAUAAAACGCUGGCCUUGUGCGUC